GGGGGUCGCCAGCAGGUUCCCUUUCCCCGGCCUCAGGUCUGGACGCCCACCCCGGUGCAAACGGCCGGAGUGACGCGAAGACGCAGGGCCGCGCCUGCAGCUGCGGCAGGAGGGACGUUCUUGUCCCCAGACGCCCGCAUCAGGGACUCUUUGGUCCCGGUCACCGGCAGCGGAAUGUCCCACGCGGGUGGGGUGAGGAGAAGGGAGAAGUCGGAAAACUCCCCCUCGGGAAAAUAAUACAUGGCUAUGAUAACAGCAGCGUCGGUGGCAGUCAUCCCGCUUUACCUGGAGCGGAAUCGCUCGCCGCGUCUGAGUCUGGAGGCAGUGUUCUGGGAGCUGGACAUCUAGCGGCGGAAAAGCACCGUGGCCACCUUGAAGCUCACGGAGAGGAGAUACAGGGAACCGAAAGUGCAAGGGGCCAGGAAGGCAUCGCGCCUGAGACAAUGCAGACUCCAGUGACCAUUCCUGUGCCUGUGCUCCGGCUGCCCCGGGGCCCUGAUGGCUUCAGCCGUGGCUUUGCCCCUGAUGGACGGAGAGCUCCUCUGAAGCCAGAGGUUCCUCAAAUCCAGGAGUGCCCCAUAGCUCAAGAAUCCCUGGAAUCCCAGGAGCAGAGGGCCCGAGCCGCCCUUCGGGAGCGAUACCUCCGAAGCCUGCUGGCCAUGGUGGGUCAUCAGGUGAGCUUCACAUUGCACGAGGGUGUGCGUGUGGCUGCCCACUUUGGAGCCACCGAUCUGGACGUGGCCAACUUCUACGUGUCACAGCUGCAGACGCCCAUAGGUGUGCAAGCAGAGGCGCUGCUCCGAUGUAGUGACAUUAUUUCGUAUACCUUUAAGCCAUAAAGACAUUGUUCACCUUUCUGCUUGAGGCUAAGCCACUGUAUCCCAGGCCUUCCAAUGUUCCUGAGCCAGGAACUCUGGGCCCCAUGGAGUUAUGAGCUCCUAUGGAAUUCUGAGCCAAGGUUUAAGCAAGUCUGGACUCCUGAUACCACCUGGGUCUAAUCAGCAAAAUUCUGCAACUCUAGGAAUUCUAAGAUCCCAUGGGAAGGAAUGCUGUACCUCACAGAACUCUGAACUCUACAGAAAUAUGGGCUUGAUGCUAUUUCCUGAAGACCUGGGCAUCGGGGUGGGGUGAUAAAGGAGGACAAACUGCACAGGGGAAGUUGUUUUAUUAAAGAGAUUGCAAAGUUCAGGCACCCUGAAGAUA